UUCUCAGAAGAGAGAAGAAUGUCACUUAUUUUGAUAGUUUACCUGUUCAGAGUCACCUAACCCCACCCCUGGUCCCUCAGAUGAGGGAUGUGAAUUAUUAAGAGGAAUCUGAGAAGCUGGGAAGCCAUGGAGUCUGGAGAGGCACUGAGCACAGGGGCUGGUGUGGCCCAGGCAGCUCUGCAUCCUCCAGAGGCCCACACUGUCCCUCCGGGCCCUCUCACCAUGCUGAUUGUGGUGGUAGAAGUGGAGCUCGGAAGAGGGUCAGGCCCUGAGGAGAUCCAGAGCCCUUUACUUCUUCUGGAGGAGCCCAAUAGCCUUCACUUGCCUCCUUGGAAGAUGCUGGAGAGUCAGGAACGAUGCCUCACCUUUGACAGAGUCCUGGGCAUCGAUGCUGCUCAGGAGGCAGAGCAGGAGCUACUGGCACGCAUCCAGUCCACACUGGCUUCGGUGGGCAGAGGCUACAGUGUAGCUCUGAUUCUCCGGGGCCGGGAAACAGAGGCACCCCGACUUGUGCCCCAGCUGCUGCAGGUGCUGUUUGAGGAAGCUCUGCUCCUCCAUCACCCUGACUGCAUGCUCAGUACCCUUAGCUUGGUGCAGAUCAGCCCCAAUGGGAAGACCCAGGACCUGCUCUCUCCAGGGCUGGAGGACCUGUCCGUGCUAGAGGUGGCCCCUCUUGGCUUGGUGGUGGAAGGUGCCAGUGAAGUGGAGGUGUCUGACUCAAGAGCUGCCUCAGAGCUGUACUUGCAGGCUACAGGGCGUGAAGGCAGGACUUGCCAUCUGCUGACACUCACCAUUUCCUGUCCUGGGCCUGAUCCUCCUGAGGAGACUGGGACUCAGGGCGUGUGGCGAGGUGCUUUGCGGAUCUUGCAGCUCCCAGGAGCCCUAGACUGCCCCCUACUGCGGGUACUGGCUGGUGAGGUUGUUGGUGCGGAGAUGGAGGGCUCUCUGCCUUGGAUUAUCUCACGGCUCCUAGAAGGAAACAACUAUGCUGGCCUCCUCCUUCGCCUGUAUCCCCAAGGUAGCUCCCUGAGUUUGCUUCAAGGUGCUCUGCUGGGGGCCUCACGAAGACGGAUGCAAGUGAAACAGGUGAGGCCCAUCCUGUGGGAUGCAGUAGAAGAGGCCCAAGCCCGCCGAGCUGGUCUGAAGACCCUGCGUUCAGGACUCCUUGGGAAGACCUUGACAGAUGAAAGGCUUAGCCAGCUGGGCAGGGCACUCCGUGAGCUACAGGUGGUAAAAGCCUGGAGCCAGUAUCCAAGAAGCCCAGUACCCAAAGGGGCCAGAGCUGAGGUGGAGAAGCUCCCAGAGCCACAGGUCCAAGGCAAGCCACCAAAGUACUGUAAGCAGAGGAGACAACACUGCUCCCACUUGUCAGUGGCAGGAAGAAGAACAUCUCUAGGGCCUGCACUCCACCAAAAGCAUUCUCUCAGGAACUCUGAGGAACAGGCCUGCGGGGCUCCAGAUGUGGCCCUGCAGUUCCUCCUGGCCCAGGCCCAGAGGCAAAGACUACAAGAGCAGCACCAAAUUUGGAUCCAAGAGGAGUGGAAACGUUUGGGACAGGAGGUUGCAGGCAAACCGGACACAGUCCAAGUGGCUGAGAAGCAGUUCUGUGGAGAGAGACAGAAACGGCUCUGGGAGCAGACAGUGCUGAGGCUCCAGGUGGAAGCCCUCCGGGCAGAGCGGGACACGGCAGAGCAGGACCUGGCAGCCCUCUAUGACCUGCAUGUACAGGCCACCCGUGCUCAGACAUGCCACAUGCUGCAGGUAUUUCGAGCCUGGCAGGGGCUGUGGGAGAAGAAGGCCACAACCACAGAGCACCAUCUUCGUAGCCUGCUGGCUGAUGUCCUGCAAGACACCAUUCAUCUGGCCUCACAGACCCAGGAGCUUCAAGCCCAGAACCAGCAGCUUCAACUUCAGCAGUGUGCAAGCAAGCUUGGGACAGUCACACUGGAUCCCUGCCCUGGAGAGAAGCCUGGUGAUCAGUAACCCUUCAAGGACAGUUUCCUUCCUCUUCAUUCUUGGGAGUCCUAGAAGGGAGAGGAGGGUGGGACAUGACAAUGAAGUAGAACCUCAUCACAGGUAGUCAAUUCCAUUACUAACCACAUCUCACUGUGCUGGUUCCUGCUCAGUGAGACUUGUACUAUUUCACUUUGCCUUUUCAGGUAUUUUGUCAAAAGUACAGUCAACAUACUUAGGUACUAUUUGAUCUUCACUUCAGAGAUAAGGCAAUGGAAGCCAGAAGAGGUUAAACCCAAGGAUGAUCAACUAAGUUAGAAUUUUAAAUUCAGGUUGGCUAAGCCGGGUGUGGUAGCACAUGCCCGUAAUCCUAGCACUUGGGAGG